AUGUACAAUACCGGUACGGCUGAGACACUCCGUGGAGGGCGAAGGAACAAGUCACUUCUAUCGACGUUUAAAAAAACGAAUUCUACAGGGAAGCUGAUGGAUGAUGUCGAUGCUCCUGUCGAGGAGCUGGAUGCCAGUGAUAGUGCUGGCAGUGAUGCUGACUUGAUCUUCUUCCAACAAGCUCACGAGGAAGCCCAACCAGCUCGCAACGCACGACGAAGGGGGUCACUCCUUUCGUCAUUGAAAAAAGCGAGCUCCACAGGGAAUCUGAUGGAUGAUCUUGGCGAAAGGGAAGGAAAUGAUGAUUUUGAUGACUUGAACUUUAUUCAAAGUGCCCACGGUGAAUCGGAGUACAAUGUCGCCGAGACCCCCCGUGGUAGGGGGAGACGAAGGGUCAGAUCACUUCUUCAGACUAUCAGACGGUCUACUUCGAAAAAAAGGUUGGAGGACGAUGAUUUCGAGAAUGAUGAUGUUGAUGACUUGCGUCAAAUCCAAAACCUUGAAGAUAUCGAGCGUUCAAUUCCUUCUAACACACCACGUAGCGAGGGAAAGAAGAAACGGUUAAGAGCCCGUCUGAAGGCUAGAGAGAGCAAUGACGUCAGUGACCUCGUUGCUGAAUCGAAUCAUGCCAUCAAAAGUGGAAAAGAUCCUAGACGAGUUUCCAAAUCACCUGCUCGGCUUUCGAAAGAACAUGCUUUAUCUGAUCCAGAGAGACGUCAAAGGAAAAGGAGUUCCAAAUCCCCCGCUAGACUUUCGAAAGAAUAUACUUUAGGUGAUCCAGAGAGGCGUGAAAGGAAUAUGAACAAAGAGAAGAGCAAAAGUGGAAUGGACAAACGACUUUCGACCGAUUCCCAGAACGACCAUUAUGGAAUACCUUUGUCAUUCGAGCAAAGGGUGCAACAGAAAGUCCGACAAGAGUCUUUGACCACUCCUCGACCGAAAAAGAGAAAUAUCAAGUCAAAGCUACAGGUUUCAGGACUCGAUCUAGCAUCUCCCGUCGAAAAGAAACGCACCAAACGGCCCGGACGUUCCAAGUCAGCUAACGACAGCUUGAUCCAUGACGUUUCUACCAUUUCCACCAAAGACAUGAGCACCGACGCUUCCCCUGGGCUUAGUGAACGAAACCAAGACUGUGGGUACGACUCCGAGGGGCGCAUCGGGCGAAAGAAGCGAGUUCCGCGUCCCAGAAAGGGAAGACCGGUAAAGGAAGUUCUCAUCGGCUCAGAGUCGCCGGCUGCACUUUCUCCGCACCAGAAAUUACGGCAGUCAAUUAUGAAUGAUCUAGAUGGCUUAGAAGAUCGCUCAUCUAUUGCAACCAUGUAUUUGCAUCGACAAGUUGAAGCGCUCAAGAAGAAGGUGGAGAAAUUAACCAAGACAAAUGAGAAAAUCCAAGUCCAGCUCAACGAGGAAAUAGAUCUGAAUGGCCAGAUGGCGAUGAAACUGCGAGAGCAUGAGCUUGGAUUAGCAGCUCUCGAGAGCGUGAACGACACCAAAGUUAAAGUUGAAAUACUUAAGAAAGAUCACGAGGACGAGAAGCACGAAAUGGACCUUCUCUUGAAAGAAAAAGACAUAUUCAUCGAGAGACUGCAGCAGAAGAUCAACAGCAUUCGAGUAGCCAAUAGUACCAUGCAAAUGCAAAGGGAUUCACCAAAAACGUCUCACACUGAUACUUCUGGUCACGAUGUUAAAGGCCUACAAAAAAAAGUAAAAGCUCAAGAUGAAGAGAUCGAAGACCUGACCAUGAAAUUAUUUGCUGUUCAGGAACAGCGAGGGCAAGACAAGAGGUACAUCAACAAUCUCCAAGGGGAGCUUCAACAAACCAAGGACGAAAAGAAGAAACUGGAUGUUGAGUUACAAACGGCUAAGAAAGAGCAUGCAAAGGCUAUGAAACGAAAAGACGAGACUGUUGAUUUCUUGCAAGAUUCACUAUUAAAGUUGAAGCUGAAAGAAAGUAAGCAAAGGAACAAAGAACGGGAACUUGCUGGUUCACCAGCAUUUGGACGAGGAAAGAAUAAUCGUUCACCUAGGAAGAAAUCACCUGUAGCGCAGUUCAGCCUCAGUCCCGGUCGAUUAUCCUUCCGAAACUUGAAAGUACAGGAUGUUGUUCUUGAUGAUGAUGAUCCUCGAUCACAGUCCACUUCCAAUCUUUGCUUUUCUCCGCUUUGA